ACACUACUGUGCCCCCAUACCUUUUACACUUUUGGAAGAGUUCAGCUGAUUGGCUGAUUUUAUUUUGUGGAUAGAAAACUACCUUUUAACUGUUUUAGAAUGAAAAAGAUUGUUACUAUCUGGAAACCAGAUUAUUUCUAAAAUAUUAGAUGGUAUAUAUUUGGAGAAAUAUCUAUAAAGGGGGUAAAAUUAAGAUAUUUUAAUUUGACAUCCGGUGAACCCAUUAUCCAAUCAAUGGGCGUUUUACGUUCUUGAGAUAAACAUGGACGUCAAAACUGAAAAUUAGGUAUCGAUACGUGGCGUUACCAGAGAAAUUUAGCCCAAAUCACAAUUAAAAUGAUGCACAUUCACAGGAUUUUAUGAUUGUAUAUGUGGAAUUACAAUUAAGGUUUGAAGAACACAAGGGACAAGCAUGGGUGCAAGGAAUAAUAAACUAAUGCUUGGAACUCUUGUGAAAUGGAAGAUGGUGGUGAUUUUAUCUAUAUUAUUUCUGUGUUUUGUGGUACAUGUGACAGAAGCCAAUGAAGAAGACCCUGGGGAUAAGAAGCAAGCAAAGGAUGAAACAGGUUUGGAUGGUAUUAUUCAAGAUUUUGAAAAUUUUGUGGAUGAAUUGGAAGAAGGUGUUAAAGAAAGUAUUGCUAAAGACAUUAAUGUUAAAACAGAUACACAUUCAGCUCCAACACAGAAUAUUUACAAAAAAGAUGUUGAUGUAAAUAAUGUUAAAUCCUCAGUACAAGAGGGAAAUGUUGAUGUCAAUGUAAAUAAAGAAAGUUCUGAGGAAUUUGUCCAGUAUAACUCAGAAACAGACAAAGUGCAUCAAGUUAGUAAUAAUCAGAACUCUCAACGUCCAGGUACUGAAAAUUCAGAAGUGACCUCUGUAAAAGUAGACAAUGAACCACUGAACAAAGCUACUGAUCCUAACCCCAAAACUCAAGAAGAGAAGAACAAUAUCCCACUAGCUGAUAAGGAGAAAAGUGUUCCCACAUCAAACAAACAGAUCCCAGACAUAGAAAACAAAUUCCAGUCCAGUCAUGAGAGUUCAUUCCCACCUAACCAUGCCCAAGAUAGAUCUUCUGAAAAACAAUUCACCUCUACAGAGUCACCUGUACAAGUCAGUUCUCCAGAAUCCCCCGUCCAGCCCCCAGUGGAAGAAAGCCCCUCUGUCCAGCCCCCAGUGGAAGAAAGCCCCUCUGUCCAGCCCCCAGUGGAAGAAAGCCCCUCUGUCCAGCCCCCAAUGGAAGAAAGUCCCUUUGUCCAGUCCCCAGUGGAAGAAAGCCCCUCUGUCCAGCCCCCAGUGGAAGAAAGCCCCUCUGUCCAGCCCCCAGUGGAAGAAAGCCCCUCUGUCCAGCCCCCAGUGGAAGAAAGCCCCUCUGUCCAGCCCCCAGUGGAAGAAAGCCCCUCUGUCCAGCCCCCAGUGGAUAGUCAGUCCCGAGAAGAAAUUGAACCUGGCAGUGUAGAGGAAAGCUCUUAUGAACAGAACCCAACAGACAAAUCAAGAACCAGUCAAAGUUCCAGUACAGGAGUCAUUGAGGUUGAAGGUCAAAAUUCACUGAAAGAGAAUAAUUAUGAAUACACCAAUGAAUAUACAGCCAAAUACACCCAGGAGGAAAAUUCAGACCCUGAUCUGAGAGAGAAUGAUCAAGAGAUGGGGUCAGAGGGUCAAAUGUCGGAAGGUCUUGAGGAUUUAGAGAAUCAAGAUGAAAGUGUGGAAAACGAUGAAAUUUUUAUGAAGAUUAAAAAAUUCAGAGAAAAGCAUGAUAGAUCUCCAGAUUUCAGUAAUUCAGAGGACAAGGAAGAGAUUAUCAUGAAUAGAGAAAAGGAUGGUAUGUUAAAAGACAGGGUCACAGAGGAAGAUUUUCCCAGUCCAUUUAUAAAAAAUGAACUUGAUAUGAACAGAGUAGAAGAGGUGUUUGAUACUUUUGAUAACAAUGUUAAGGAGACUACAGUGUUGUACAAACCUGAUGAAUUUGGAAAUGUGAGAGUGGAGAGGUACACCCAGACAAAGCACGACAAUGGCAUUGUUACUACUGAAUAUAAUGAGUUCCAUGAAGUCAGGCAGACAGUGCUUGGGAAUCAGAAUCUGAUACAGAGUGAUGCCACAGGUCAGAGUUCAGAGGACGGUGAUCUGAACUCGGAAGGUGAAGGUCAGAAUUUUGAGGAGUAUGACCAGAGAUAUGAGGAACUGAGACAAGGGGAGGAAACUGAGGAGGAAGAACUUACAGAGGAACAGCGACAGGCUGAGGAAUACUUUAGUCAGGGAGAGGCUCUCAUCAACCAAACAUACAACAAGGAUCAUCACCAGGCAAUGGAAUAUUUCCAGCUAGCAGCCAAGCUAAACCACACACAAGCAAUGGAACAUGUGGCUUUAACCUGUGUUCUUGGAGAUUAUUUACCACAAGACACAGGAAAGGCCAAAGUGAUGUUCCAGGAUCUGGCAGCCAGGGGUUCUCCUAAAGGGCAGUUGGGUCUGGCCUUUCUAUACAGCACAGGAACUGGAGUCAAUUCCAGCCAGGCAAAGUCUCUUGUGUAUUUCACUUUCGCAGCGCUUGGAGGUGACCCUUUAGCUCAGAUGGCUUUGGGUUACAGAUACUGGUCAGGCAUCGGUGUAGAGAGAAAAUGUGAGACAGCCCUGACGUAUUACAGGAAGGUGGCAACAACAGUGGCAGAUGCAGUGACUCUUUCGGGGGGCCCUAUCAUUCAGAGAAUUCGUCUCCAGGAGGAGGCAGAAAACCAGAUUACGGGACAGAGCAUGAUGAUGGAUGAUGACCUGCUUCAGUACUACCACUUCCUGGCUGACAAAGGUGAUGUUCAGGCACAGGUGGUGCUGGGUCAGCUGUAUUUCCAGGGGGGACGUGGUGUAUCGAUCAAUCACGAGAGAGCACUGCAUUAUUUCCUCAUGGCAGCUGAGUCUGGUAAUGCCAAUGCGUUUGCUUUUCUUGGGAAGAUGUACUCUGAGGGCAGCCCUGUUGUCAAGCAAAGCAAUGAGACAGCCUUCAGUUAUUUCAAGAAAGCUGCGGACAAGGGAAAUCCAGUUGGGCAGACAGGACUGGGAAUGCUUUAUAUGUAUGGAAAAGGAAUAGAAAAGGAUUUUGCCAAAGCCCUCAAGUAUUUUAGUAUGGCCGCUGACCAGGGCUGGGUAGAUGGGCAGUUACAGCUGGCUCUGAUGCACUAUGGUGGUAAAGGAGUUCGACGGGACUACAAGCUGGCAGUGAAGUACUUCAACUUGGCCUCACAGGGCGGGCACGUGCUGGCCUUUUACAAUCUGGCCCAGAUGCAUGCCACUGGUACAGGUGUUCUGAGGAAUUGUCACACUGCAGUAGAGUUGUUCAAGAAUGUAGCAGAGAGAGGUCGCUGGGCAGAAAUGUUGCCUGAGGCAUACAGCAUGUACAAGGAGGGUCAUGUUAGUCAGGCCCUGAUGAAAUACGUCUUCCUGGCUGAGUUAGGAUACGAGGUAGCUCAGUCCAAUGUGGCCUACAUGUUAGACCAAGGAGAUGUAGGUGUGUUUGACGAUACUGAAGUGCUGGAGAGGGCAUUACUUCAGUGGUCCAGGGCAGCCUCCCAGGGCUCUACAGUGGCCCGGGUCAAGAUGGGUGACUACCAUUACUAUGGAUUUGGUACAAAGAUUGACUACGAAACAGCUGCAAGUCAUUAUCGCCUGGCCUCCGAGCAACAGCAUAGUGCCCAGGCCAUGUUUAAUCUAGGUUAUAUGCAUGAACAGGGACUGGGUCUCAAGCAGGAUGUGCAUCUGGCCAAGAGGUUUUAUGACAUGGCAGCAGAAACCAGUGUCGACGCCCACGUCCCCGUCACCCUGGCCCUGAUCAAACUAGGCUUGUUGUAUGGUUUAGAUGUAUUCAGCAAAGAGCUAGAAGAUUAUCAGAGAGUUUUUUCCAGACUGGAUCCUCGAUUCCACUUGGGGCCGGACUGGGACAUCUAUUUAAUGACAUUUUUGGCUCUCCUCCUUGGGUUCAUUGUAUUACUACGCAGGGUCAGGUGACACUAGCACCACUUUCAGGAAUAAGCUCUUGGCUAUUAUAAUAGUAUGAAUACAUGAUAAUAAUUAUUGAAGAAAUUACCAAAAUUUAAUAAAAAAAGAAAACCUGUGUUCAAAUGGUAUGAAAUAUUCUUUUGUUUGGAAAAUGAUUUUAAUGAAGAGAACAGUCAAAAACUCUCCUUGAAAUCAAUGAUCUGAUCAAACAUCCAUAUAUAUCAGUGUAGUAAUGGGUAUUACCACAGGUGUUGAGAAAUAAAUGGUGUCAGCUUGGAUUGAAAUGUUCAGUCUGAUCUAGAUUAGAAAUAUUUAAAUUUCAAGAUUGAUAUUGGGGGGUAUAUUAUGCAACAUUUUAAUACAUAUACUUUUUUGUAUUUUUCAUUCCUAUUCCAGGAGAGGUAUAAUUCUAUUUCUGUAAUUCUGAUAUUGUUUUUAUAAAUGCAGUAUGUUUUGUGUGUGGAUGAGCUGAAGAAUGAUUACAGAAGUGCCAUCAGAGUGUCUGUGAAUAUUGUAUAUAUGAUGGGGUUUGCAUAUGGUGAUGUCAUUUUUAUAAAUGUAUCCAUGGAUGUAUAGAUAGAGAGAUGUGUGUGAGACUACAAUUAUACAAUGUGUUGCAAGAUGUCAAUCUCUGAAUGUGUGUGUGGUGUUUGUGUGUGCGUGUGUGUGUGUAGUCACAUGUUUGUAGCUUCGUGUGUACCAAUACAAAGAAAUUUGUUUCAAUUUGUCAAAGAAUACUUUAAAAUAAAAAAAAUCAUGAAA